CCGGGGGUGGCGCUGUUACUGCAGAUGUUAACAACAAACGACAAUUGGGAACGAUUAUCGCGAUCAUGUCAGAUUCCUGUGGAGGAACAUGGCAGAUUUUAAAGUAUAGUGUUUUCAUUAGCAUCGUAUAUUUGGGAUAAUAAUGGCAUUUGUGAGUCGGUUUUUAGACUAGGUACUGUUGUCGCGGUGAGAAAUCUUUCUUCAGUGUUUGUGAUCGUAUGCAACGGCGGUGCGUCGGGAUAUAUCUUCCGUGUACAAGAGUUUGUUUACAAAAUGGAAGAUUUUCGAGUCUGGAAUCUGGAUUACUUCCCCGAGAAUAUUUUAAUUGAUAUUUUAUCGUAUUUAGGUGUGCGAGAGCUGGUCAGAGCGGGAAGGGUGUGUGAAAGAUGGAAACGUCUUGUGAAAGACCAGAGAUUGUGGAGACUUGUUGAUCUCACUGCCUGGAAAGGGGUGACAUCCCGCAUCCUCUGGGUUCUACUACGCCAGUACCUCGGCUGUGGGCUACGGUGCCUGCGGUUGCGUGGCUUGCUGCUUUCGGCAAGGGGAGGCGUCUUUUUAUCCAAGUCCUGGCUCAGAGCUUUGACGCUCAAGUGCCCACGCCUGCGCAAACUCUACCUGCUGCACACAGACCUCAGAGGCUUGCCCAGCUGCCAUCUCCUCCCACCGACGUUGCAGGUGCUGGAGCUCCGUGGCUGCGAGCUGCCCCCAAGCUUCUUCAACCUGACCCCUGGUAGUGAGUCGCCGGGUCAUGGCGGCGCGCCCUCCAAUGUCGGCGCCCAGCAACCAGAACCGAGCGCGGCAGGAAAACGAACGGGCUCCUCGUCGGGGGUCAGCAUUGAGCGACUGGUCCUCAACAACGUGCCGUCCUUCACCGACCAGCACCUCCAGAGCCUGACCUCCUGGGAUAGGCUGAGUCGCCUAGAGUUGCGCGACACUUUCCGCGUGACGGCCAACGGUCUGCGGAGCUGUGCGGCCAAACACUCUGGAUCGGGCCUGGAGGGGCUGUCCAAGCUCAAGUUUUUAGAGAUAGGCAUCACCGGGAGGCAGGGCUAUCAGCUACAAAUGGCCUCACUGGGUCUGGGGUCUGGCUGGCUGGGGCUGGAGGAGCUGAGCCUGGGGGGGAAGGAGGUGGGUCCGGGUCUGCUGUGUGCCAGCCGUCUCAAAGACCUCCACAGCCUCUGCUUGUGGGCGUGCACUCUCAGCGAGAUGCAGGUACUGAGGAGCUGCAGGAUGAUCCGUCAGCUGCGCAAGUUGGAGUUCCUGGAGGUUUUCUUCCAGCCAAAGCAGGCCCCGCCGCGGGUGGACGGGGAGGGCAGCGACCAGGAGGAGGAGGAGAGGGACAGUGGGGAGGCGGCAGGUGCGAACGAGGAAGAGGACGGCCAUAAGAGACAAGACGGGAACGACCCCAUUCCGCGAUUGCAGCGGUCGUUAGCUGCCCUGUUGCCACACUGUACGCUAGUGUUCACCAACUGUUCUGUUCAAAUAAAUUCUGACUAGAUUGUCACUUUGUUAUGUACUCGGCCAAUUGACCAUGUUCUUGUCUCUUUAGCCUUAACUCCAUUGUAUCUACACAGUCUCUAUGUUUUAUUAACACAACGGUCUCAACAUGCAGACAGGAAGCUGCUACUUGCUAAAGCCAGAACUAGCAGAUGUCAGCUAUUGAGAUGAAGGGUAUACUGUUCGCAAUGUUCCACCUGUUUCCUGUUUCUUCCAUUUGUAAACAACCAAAGCUUGAACUCCAGUGAUCACAUAAAACAUGGUAAUAUGACCAACCCUAAUGAGGUCCUAUUGUUUUCCUUUUGUAUUUGUUACAGCUGUGCCUGGGCAUAUUGGAAAAAAAAUGAUGAUACACUAAUGGCACAUUAGUGUAUCAUCAUUACUGUAUCCAAAAUAGUUAUUAUUUUAAAUAUGAAAAAAUAAAUCAUGGGAACACCAUCUGUGGAAGUUAAUUCCUAUUUUGAAUAAACCAACGCUCAACAUUUAAUUAUAUAUAAAUAUUUAUUUUGUAUAGUGUUAUAUCUAUUGUUUUUCAAUGAAACCCAAACACAAAAAAAUCAUGCAUUUAUUGUUUUACACUGCACUUAAAAAAUAAUAAUAAAUAAAUGAGACAGAACAAAGUUACUUAAAACCGACACACAAAACAAAUACAUAACUGUUUGAUUCAUAAUAAAUUUCAGUUCCUAAGAGAAAAGGAAAAUAUUAAUACGAAUUUGAAUUAAUAUUUUCAAGUCACGCCCCUUCCGGUAGAGCCUGUGAGAUCGAAAAAUAUUAAUGGUUUCAAUGGAGAGAAGAUUUUUUGUUUUCUUUGCUUGAAAAAUUAUCAUUUAAAUCCACAAACAACAGAUGGGUAAUCCGGGGCAUAUAAAGACUGGGACCAGAAAAUAGUUACUUUCUCUCCAUUGAAACCCAUUCAUAUUUUUCGAUCUCAUAAGUCCCAUGGCCUCUACCGGAAAGGGCGUGACUUCGCCACGCUAUGCAGCAUCACAAGUCC